AUGAUUAUGAUGUUACGUUUACUGUAUAUAUUUACAUCUUGUUUUGUAUCAAUUUAUGGCCACGGUUAUCUAUUAGAUCCAGUAGGUCGUAGUUCAGCUUGGCUUGUUGAUCAAUCAUUUAAACAAUGUUGUACUUAUAAUAACCAUAUGGAAAUGUAUUGUGGUGGUAUUCAACAUCAAUGGAAGACAAACGGAGGUAAAUGUGGUAUCUGUGGUGAACCAUAUGAUAGACCAGCUAAAUUAUUUGAAAAAGGAGGAGCUAUGUAUACAGGUAAAA